AUGGCGAAUCAAAUGAAGAAAAAAAAUAAAAGGCCAAAUAAAUAUGAAGUAGGAGAUUUAUUGAGAAUUUCUAUUCCAAAAAUUGAUCGUUCUGGUACAGAUCAAAAUUUGGAAUUAUUAAUAUAUUAUUAUUCACCUGGAGAAAGAGGGAGUAUGGAAAUAUCAAAAAUGAAUCCUAUAGAAAACAGGAGAAAUUUAUGGAAAAGAGUUAAUGGAGAUAAAUAUCAGGUAGAACAAUUCAAAAUUAUUGAAACACUUGGUACAAUGUUUUUUCAUGAACUCAACAAUUUGCCUUCUAACAAAAUUUCUGUAAGAAAAGGUACUACUUGUAAUUGUAAAGUGAAUGUAAUAGUCUGA